AUGGAAUGUGAACAAAUUUUAAAAGCACAAGAAGAAAAUAUUUUGCCAAAAGCUGUGUCUAGGGGUAUUUCUGGUAAAUUUGAGAGUACAAUAAGAGUAUUUAAUACUGUAUAUAGUAUUGUUAAAAAAACAAGACCAUUUACUGAUUUACCAUUUGAUAUUCAACUUCAAAAGUUAAAUGGAUUGGAUAUGGGUYGCAUUUUACACAGCGAUCAUGCUUGUGCUGAUAUUGCUAGCCAUAUAGCAAUAGAAAUGAAAGCAAAAGUUACAAAUUUUAUUGUCAAAAAUAAUUUUAAAAUUGAAGUAUUAAUUGAUGAAGCUACCUCAGUGUCGAAAAAGACUUGUCUGGUUGUUUGUAUUAGAGCUUCCACAGAUGUCAAAAAUGAAACAAACCCAAUAACAUUUUUUUUAGAUUUAUUGGAAUUAGAAAGUACAAAAUCUGAGACCAUAGUUGUGCAACUUUUGUCAUGUCUAAACAAACACAAAUUUUCUCAUGAAUUCUUAAUACGAAAUUUUAUUUGCUUUGCUUAUGACGGAGCUUCUAAUAUGAUUGGAAGAAAAUCUGGUGUGGGAAAACUUUUAACUGAMAAAUAUCCAGAUUUAUUGGUCUGGCAUUGCUCUAAUCAUAGACUUGAACUUGCUGUUGAUGAUGUAGUUAAUGAGGUAGCUGGCAUAAAUCAUUUCAAAAUAUUUUUUGAUACUCUUUAUGCAUUAUAUAGUUCAUCACCAAAAAACCAGUAUGGUUUAAAGAGCUGUGCUAAAGAAUUAGAUUUACAAUUUCUAUCAAUUGGUCGAAUUUUAAAUACAAGAUGGGUAGCUUCAAGUUUGAGGUCAGUUAAAGCUGUUUGGAGAAACUAUGAAGCACUUUAUUUACAUUUUGACAAAUGUAGUUUGGAUAGCUCGAGAACAUCUAAAGAAAAAGCAACAUUUAAAGGUUUAAAACAGAAAAUAACAUCAACUGAUUUUGUUUUAAAUUUAGGUCUUCUAUAUGAUGCUCUAACAGAACUAUCAGACCUUUCAUUAGAACUUCAAAAACGGUCUACAAAACUACCUGAUGCUCAUAACUUAAUUAGAAGACAAAUUAUGAUUUUUGAAUCCAURUCUGGGAAGUGUAAUGACGGUUUUUAUAAAGAAGCUGAGAAUUCUGAAUGUAGUUUGACCUUUAAAAAUAUUGRCCUUCGUGAAAAUAAUAAAAAUAAAAUAAACUAUAAAMAAUUUUAUCGAAGCUUGGCUGAUAAUUUAAAAUCCAGAAUGUUAAACUUUACAUCUUCACAUGUAUCUUCAACAUAUGACACAUCAAAUAAGUAUGUUGAGUUUAUUCAACUGCUAGAAGUUUUAAACCCACAAAAAUGGCCUUUAGAAGUGGAUAUAUUAUAUGGAGAGAGAGRAAUAAAGCAGCUUUCAAACAUAUUUAAAAUAAAUGAAAGAGAUUCAGUCAGAGGUUUUCGUGAGUACAUAGAUAAUAAAUCUGUUAUACCAAACAACCUUAAAUCUUUAACUCAAGCURUAAAUACAUUGGUAGUUUCUACUGCUGAAUGUGAGAGGCUCUUUAGUGCCAUGAACAUUGUUCAUAAUGAUAUUCGAAAUACAUUAGAAGUUUCACGUGUAUCUGAUCUUUUGUGGAUUAAAUGUGUUGGUCCACCUUUGUGUGAAUUUAAUGCAAAUACAUAUGUAGAGUCUUGGAUUUCUAAAGGUAGAAGAUGUGCUGACCAUACACAAUGCAUUUCAAAGCAAGAAAUUAAAUAUAACACAGAAUACAAGAGUCUUUGGGAGCAAUUAAUGUAA